CACGGAUAUUUAGUUGGCGUAAAAGAUGGAGAUGGGAUGACUGCUCUUCAACUUCUCGCAUGCAACCCAUCAGCAUUUGAAGAUGGAAGUAAACAAAGAUGCCUCAAGCGACUCAUCCGCUCUUGUGUCUCAAUUGAAACUGAGGAUAAUCCUGCGAGGGAAGAAGUUGAAUCAUGUUGUAAAGUACCUUUAUGGGAAGCGAUUAAGAGGAAAAAAACGCAAUAUGAAUCAGCUUUGAAGCUUGCCAAGUUCUUAAUAGCAAGAGACAUUUCAUGGGAAGCUACUGAAUCUGCGAUAGACCAGAGUAAGCCCAAGACCCAUAAAUAUGUCAGAAUAACAAGAGACACUUCAUGGGAAGGGGGAAGACAAAAGGCCCAUGCAGGUCAAACUAGAACUAUAGAGACCGCAGAAACACCACUAUUUUUGGCAGCUAAGUACGGCAUUAUAGAGAUUGUCAAAGAGAUACUCGACACGUAUCCUCAAGCAAUUGAGCACAUUGAUGAUCAUGGGCGUAACAUAUUACAUGUAGCCAUCAAAUACCGCCAAAUACAUGUUUUUGAUUAUGUGGUGAAGAUGGAAAUUCCUAUGACGAGGCUUAUAAGAAAGAUUGACAACAAUGGGAACUCUAUUCUACACAUGGUUGGGAUAAAAGCAGAUGAUUUCAUCCGGGAUGAUAUGCCAAGUCCUGCUUUGCAAUUGCAAGAGGACUUGCUCUUGUUUGAGAGAAUAGAGAAAAUCUCCAUGGCCCAUUUCACUAAACACUUCAACAACAAAGGGCAGACUGCUGAGAAGCUCUUUGCAGCUAACAAUGCUCCACUUCAAACAGAUGCCAAAGAAUGGCUCAAGCGAACCUCUGAAAAUUGUUCCAUUGUCGCAGUGUUGAUUGCCACUGUUGCCUUUGCUGCAGCCUACACUGUGCCGGGGGGUCCAAAUCAAACCACUGGCUAUCCACUUCUCCUCAGCCACCCUUUCUUUGUGAUUUUCACUUUGACAGAUGUGCUUUCGCUUACAUUCGCUUUGACAUCAGUCAUCACAUUCCUCUCUAUCCUCACAUCCUCUUUUCGGCUAAAAGACUUCAAGCAUUCUCUUCCUCAAAGACUCAUGAUAGGAGUUACAUUGUUGAUUUUUUCCGUGUCAAUGAUGAUGUUUGCAUUUGCGGCAACAGUAAUCCUAAUGAUUAGCAAUAAGCAACAGUGGGAGAGAAUUGCCUUGUACUCUGUGGCGUUCUUCCCGGUCACCAUAUUUGCCAUUUCCUACUUGCCUUUGUACUUAUCACUCAUGAAAACUUUUGAGUAUACGUUGAAGAAAAUCAUGGAUAUUUUCCCUCGGUUCCAGAUCUGUAAAUCCCAAACCAAAAUUGCCUCCAGCGACAGUCAAUAUCAAGCCACUAGCUCAGCCAGUUCCACAAGGCCACAUGCAAUUCAAGCCACGCGUUAUCCCGUUUGAAAGGAUCAAUGCUAAUCUCAUGCAGACCCCGUUGCGUCCAAGUACUUGGAGCAAUCGUAUUGUUAGAGGCAAAAAUUAUUGUGUUCAAGCUUACUUUGGCGGAUUUGACCCCAAAGGCCCAUUGUCCUUGUUUUCUACAUGUUUCCCUGCAUCAUAAUCUAAGUUUAGUUUUUAUUGUAAUAUUAUAUUGUAUUUAUAUUUGUUUGUGUGUGUUUCAAAACAACUAGCUCAAGCCUUUGUAUCUCUUCCUGUCCCACACUGACUGUUUAUAUA